AUGGAUCCGCAGCUUUUUAGAAUCUUGGAUGAGUAUGCUCUGAGAAACGAGGGCGAGUACUGUGUUACAAUCCGUGACAGCUACGGGCAAGCGGCAAUCUACCAUUUCGGCAUGUCACGAGUGGUGUCUGCUAUUCACCAUACGAUGCCGAAUGCCGUGGUUUUUCCGCCUGUUCACAAUCCGCCUACUCAAAAUUCGCGGCUGAUUGUGGAUGGAUCUUUUCCGGGCUAUGAAACACCCAGCACACCAUCUACGACGUUGACACCGGUGCCGCGGGCGCCCGCUGCGCUGUAUACGCCUCCGUCUACGACCAGGAAGCGGACGCUAGAAAAGGCGUUUAGUCUGCCGCCAAAACGGCUGGCAAUCCCGCCGCAAGUGAAGCCAGCGCAGCCGGAGCCCGAAAAAGAGGAAGAGGCCAUAAGCGUGCUUUCGUCGCUGUUUCUGGAACUGAACCAGCUUAUUGCCCGAGAACUAGCUCGAGAGUGGGUAAAAAUCAAAGAGCCCGGCAAAAAGACCACGUUUCCUUACUCCGGGGGAGAUGAGACCAAGCCCGCGUGGUGGCCGAAACCCGUUCGACACAUUGGGCCGCAUCAUUUACUGCGCAACGAGCGGUCGCAAUUACUGGCUACAUUAUUUGUGAUGCUGCGGGGGAAACAAAGAGAACUGAAGGCUGCUAUUGAUCGGAUAGAUAACGGUCGCAAUGCCGCGCUAUUUGCGUCCAUGUUCGAAACCCUCGACAGAUACCUGCCUCCAGACGACGGCGGGCUACAUGACCAGACGGUGAUUGACCCAUCACUGUUGAGCAUACUGCCGCGAAACCGCGGGUGA